AUGGUGGAGACGCUGAGUAUCGCCGUCAUCGGUGCUCCCGGAGUGGGCAAAACUUCGAUCAUUCGUCAGUUCAUCUACAACGACUUCUCGGAGGCGUAUACGCCGACUCGUUCCAGAUAUGUGUAUCGACCCUCCGUCAUCCUCAACGGGAGCAUGUACGAGCUGAAGGUUUUGGAUGUCCCGCCGAUAUCUUCCUUCCCGUCCAGCUCCAGUCAGGAGUGGCUGGAUUUACGUUGCAGAGGCGUUCGCAACGCCAACGCCUACAUCCUUGUGUACGACAUCUGCUGCGUGGAGAGUUUUGAAUAUGUGAAGAUGAUCAGACAGCAGAUUGUAGAAAACAGGUAUGGCAGCAGCAGCGAGGUGCCCAUUCUGGUAGUGGGCAAUAAGAGAGACCUGCAGCGGCAGCGCUUCAUGCCUCGCAGGGCGGUGUCAGUUCUGGUCAAGAAGACGUGGAAGUGCGGCUACGUGGAAUGCUCGGCCAAGUUCAACUGGCACGUCGUUCUGCUUUUCAAGGAGCUGCUGGGCAUCGCCGUGGCACGAGGCCUACGGCAGAAUCACACUUCCAUCCGCCUGCAAGGGGCACUGCAGAGGAACCGCUGCACCGUCAUGUGA